AUGUCACGUAACGUAUGGGUAGGUCUGUUGGCGUACAACGAGAUGCGGUAUAAGGAGAUCACGUGGAAGGAGUUCGUCAACAACUACCUGUCCCGCGGAGUCGUCGAUAAGCUGGAAGUGGUGAACAAGAAGUGGGUACGCAUUCGGUUCGUGGGCGGGCACGGGGGGGACGGCGCCAACGUUCUCUGGUUUAACAUCGGAAGUGUGGACACGUUUGAGCGCAACCUGGAGAACAUACAGCUCGAGAUGAACAUCGAGCCCACGAACUUUGUGCCCGUGGUCUACAAGACUGAGAUGGACGGGUCAAGUGCCGUGAGUUUCAUACCGACGCUACUGAUCAUCGGUUUCCUCGUGUGGUCGAUGCGCAGGGCGUCUAACGUGAUGGGAGGUAUGGGUAAGGCUGGCCGUAAGGGCGGCGGCAUCUUCGGUAUGGGCGAGUCGACCGCCAAAGUCAUCAAUCCGUCGGAAAUUGGCGUUAAAUUCCGGGAUGUCGCCGGCUGUGAGGAGGCGAAGGUGGAGAUCAUGGAGUUCGUCAACUUUCUCAAGAAUCCGCAGCAAUACCUCGAUUUGGGCGCAAAGAUCCCGAAGGGGGCCCUCCUUACGGGUCCGCCCGGAACGGGUAAAACACUGUUAGCCAAAGCGACAGCCGGCGAGGCGAACGUUCCCUUCAUUACGGUCAGCGGUUCCGAGUUUUUGGAGAUGUUUGUGGGAGUGGGGCCCUCCCGGGUGCGCGACAUGUUCGCCAUGGCCCGCAAGAACGCCCCCUGCAUUCUGUUCAUCGACGAGAUCGACGCCGUGGGCCGCAAACGAGGGGGCCGUUCGUUUGGGGGGCACUCCGAACAGGAGAACACACUGAACCAGCUGUUGGUGGAAAUGGAUGGCUUCAACACCACGACUAAUGUGGUGGUAUUGGCCGCCACUAACAGAUCCGAUAUACUCGAUCAGGCGCUGCUCAGGCCCGGCAGGUUCGACCGCCAGAUAUUCGUGCCGCCGCCCGAUAUCAAGGGUCGGGCGUCUAUUUUUAAGGUACACCUCCAGCCCCUGAAGACCGAGUUGGAUAGACAGGAGACGGCGCGCAAGUUGGCGGCGCUGACGCCCGGCUUCACCGGCGCCGACAUCGCCAAUGUGUGUAAUGAGGCGGCGCUGAUAGCGGCCCGCGAUCUGAACGUGACGAUCGUGUUCUCGCACUUCGAGGCGGCCAUCGAGCGAGUGGUGGCCGGACUCGAGAAGAAGACGCGAGUCCUGCAACCGGAGGAGAAGAAGACGGUGGCCUAUCACGAGGCCGGGCACGCCGUGUGCGGCUGGUACCUCGAACACGCCGACCCCCUGCUCAAGGUGUCGAUCAUACCCCGGGGCAUGGGUUUGGGUUACGCCCAGUAUCUGCCGAAAGAGCAGUACCUGUACUCCAAGGAGCAGCUGUUCGACCGGUUGUGCAUGACUUUGGGCGGUCGCGCCUCCGAGGAGGUGUUCUUCGGCCGCAUUACGUCCGGAGCUCAGGACGACCUCAAGAAAGUCACCCAAAACGCCUACUCGCAGAUCGUGCAGUUGGGUAUGAGCGCGAAGGUCGGGCACCUGUCGUUUGAUUUGCCACAACCCGGAGAGAUGGUCAUCGAUAAGCCGUACAGCGAAGAGACGGCCCAACUCAUUGACUCAGAGGUCCGGGCGCUCGUCGAUAAGGCCUACCAGAGGACAGUCGCGCUCAUCAACGAACGCAAAGCCGAUGUCGAGAAGAUCGCUUUACGAUUACUGGAGAAAGAGGUGCUAAACAGAGACGAUAUGAUCGAACUGUUGGGCAAAAGACCGUUCAAAGAGAAGUCGACGUACGAGCAGUUCGUUGAGGGCACCGGUAGUCUCGAUGAGGACGUAUCGCUGCCCAAAGGUCUCGAGGGCUGGAAUGAGACCAAACCGACCGCCAAAGCGGCCAAAGAUAGCAAAAAGGAGUCGUCCGAACCGUCGCCUCCCAAUUAGCGCCGGCAGUAGUCACGCGGUUAUUGUUUUGUAGAUUUAAUCAUUAAAUUGAAUGAUAUUUAAAAUAAUUGUAUAAAAGUUUUGAUGAAUAAAUGAACUCAUUAUAUAUAU